CUCCCCUCCACAGUAUCACUGCAGCCAGGCUCGGGGCACUCUGGUCUGUGCCACCCUCCCAGCCACACAGACGGCAGGACGGGCCGACAGCUGCCUCUCAGACCAUCGAGCAUUAUGGAGGCUCUGCACGUCAGACCCUUGAAAGAGGAUGGUGUCGUGACGGAGGAAGAGGAGCCGGAGAGAAGUGGGGGACAGGAAGAGGGAGGAAUGGAGGCCUCGUCUCCCACGGGCUCCACCACAGACGAGGACACAGAUGAGGACUCGGAAGCGGAGCCCCCGUCGGUUGUCUGCAGGAAGGUGUCGUUCGCUGAUGCAUUCGGCCUCAACCUGGUGUCGGUGAAGGAGUUUGACAAUGUUGAGGCGACGGUGUCAGAGGUCAGCCGGCCUCCUGAGAGGGAAGCUGCAUUUCCUCUGGAGGAGUUCUACAUGUCCUGUCUGUUUACAGUCCCAUCAUCCCCGGAGGAGCUGGACCAGAGGCUAAAGGCGCAGAUGUUGGAGCUGGAGAGCAUCGAGCUUCUCCCAGGAACCACCAUGCUCCGCGGCAUUAUCAGGGUGGUCAACCUCGGCUACAGCAAGUCGGUUUAUGCCCGAAUCAGCCUGGAUUGCUGGAGCAGCUACUUUGACCUGCUUGCGGAGUACGUGCCCGGAUCCAGUGACAGGGAAACAGACAGAUUUGCUUUCAAGUAUACUCUGAUUCCUCGCUUCGACAGAGAGGGCACCAGGGUGGAUUUCUGCCUGCGCUACGAAACAAGGGCGGGCACCUUUUGGGCCAACAACAAGGAGAUUAACUACGUGCUGUUCUGCCACCAGAGAGGACAAGCGAAGGAGCUCGGGCCUCAAGUGCUCGAGGAGAGCGGCGGCUACAAGGGGAAGAGGAGCUGCCUCAAAGCGAAAAGGAGGAUAAGUGCAGAGGAAAAGACCAAGGAAUCCAAUAGCACAGCAACACCUUCUGCAGGAGCACAAGUCCCUCAUAAAGCACAGGAGGCUGACAGACAGACGGCGGACAGCACAGAGACACACUCGUUAUUACACCACGAAGGACACAAAGCUUUGGUGGACGGCGUAAAAAGUUGGCCCAGAGGAGCACGUGUGCAAGAGGACCCCUCCCAGAGGCAACAAGCACGACGGGUAUAUUCACAUGACUCAGCCGGUGGCCAGAAGAUUCCUCCGCCUGGGCCAGCUCCAUGGUGUGACUCUGUGAGCAAUCGCUACAACCGCCAGAAAAAGCCAAACGACAGUCCGCCAGUCCUCACCUACCAUCAGAUUCCUCUGCUCACACUGGACUGGAAAAGCGAUACGCCGCAGAAGUGGGGGGCUGCUGAUAUGGAUGACAUCUGGGCUGGGAACGCUAAGCAGACCAGGCCGAAAGCGUCUGUAGAAAAUAUAGAGGCAAUGCCUUCUGUUAAUGAUUUGUGGGAGACUUUUCUUAACGCCACAGACGAUACCGGCGAUAAAGAGACCUCGGUGGGUGACGUGUGGCAGGAAUUUCUAACUGAGCCGAGUCGUCAGGACCAUUCUGGUGUCCCGGAGGCGGAAUGGCUGCAAACAGCGGCAUCGGUGUCUCCCUCAAAUCACAGGGAGCCCCAAGUUCAGGUGGGCACGGAUGCACCCACCACCUCACACGCCUCCGCAACGACAUCAUCCAACUUCGACCACCAGCCGUAUGCAGAGGCCUGUGUCUGUGACAACAUGGUGACCCGCGAUGCCUCCCAAAGGUCGCAGACGAAUUCUGUAACACACACUUUACAGGAAUGUAACCUCAAGGGGGUGAGGCCUGUGUCCGGGGGCUCUGUUGACAGAUCAGACGAGCGUCACAUGCUUCCAGUCUGGGAGCGAGUGGGAAAAAGAGGAGAAGCAGAAGGAGCAGGCGGAGAGGAGCGCGGCGCACCCCACACGGCCGAUUUAGUAACAAGCUCAGGGGAGUCGAAGACAGCAGACAUGACAGAAAUGCCAGAGUCGCAGAAUGCCAGCGCCGUUGAUAGGAUCUCACAGCGAGCGAGGCUGGACGAGGGUCUUUCUUCUAGUGGGGAAGGGGAGGUUACAGGUACCGCACACAAUGAGACACGUGACACGCUGGCAUUUAGGGAGACAAUCAGACAGGGGACAGAGGACGGGGAGAGGUUUGUCUUCUCCACGUCCAGAGAAACAGCAGGAAGGAUCACGACAAACUGCACGGAAAAUCAAGCAUCUACGGAGGAGAAGUUAUUUAGGCCGCGCAAAACAGAGGCGUGUGAUAUCUCCCAGAGGCACGCAGAUGAAAAACGCAGCGAGGAAUUCGGGCUCAGCCCAAAGAGUGAAAAUCCAUUAAUGGAGAACGAGAGAGAUGAAAAUGAAAUAAAACCCGAGCAGUCGCACGCACACAAAUUCAAUCCAAACCAAACAUGUGAGGAAAAUAUCAGGCCGAGCCCAGUAAUGGAAGGUGAAUUCAAAUUGGAUGGAUCGGAAAAAGAUACGGCAUCGAGUGACAAAGACCAGGAAGGAUUCAGACACACGCAGGUGGAAAAUACGUAUUGUCGAAAAGAUACUAAGAGACUAAUUGGUGAAGAAUCAAAGGAAGCGUGGCGACAUUACGACAGAAAUGUACAACUAAAUUCAUUGGCCUGGCAGAGGGGAGACGCAUCGGUAGUUUCAGAAGUGCAUAAUAAACAGUUGUGGAAAAUCAGAGCAGCGGAGGAACUGCAUGAUCGGAAAGAGGAGGAGAAAAAUCUACGUAAAUCUGAAAUGACGGCAGAAAAAGAAAGCUUGAGUUGCAGUGGAAUAAAUGUGGAGCGACAGGAAAUAAACCCAUCAGCGCAGAGCACGCACAAUGUGGAGAUAAAGGUCCUCCACAGUGACACUUUUCCAGCAGAUAGACACAUCCUGAACCCAACAGAGGUGGAAGGAUUGAGAUUGAAAUCAUCACAGGAUGUUAUGAGGGGUCGGAGAGAGGGCACAGGCCGUGAAAUGAGCCCAGAGGAAAUUACGGUGAAGGGGAACAUCGACGCUCAAACAGAGCCUCGACACCAACCUGCGACAAUAGAAGGAGUAGAGGAGGAUAUGAUACUAAGAGAGGAAGAUGAGAGAAGGCUGAAAACAGAGGCGACGAGGGGGUCGAUGGGUAACGUGGAGGACCCUCGGGUCGAGAGAAAGAACACGUCAGGUGAAUUGAAAGAGCGAGAGAAAGUGGAGAACCCUCAACGUGUUGAAUGUAGGAAAUUGUCAGAGGGAACGAACGACCUGGUUAUGGCAGAAAAGACUGUGGCACUUGAGUCGAGGGUGGAGGAGGCGUUCAUUGAAAGAUUUGGUGAGGAUUUCGUCAGGAGGAUUUGGGAGGAGGUGUUCGGUCGGAGAGCGCAGGACACGAAUAUCGUGGAUGGAAUGAAGGGCAGCCCGGCAGAUAUUACAUGUGACCGCCAUCCUCUUUUUGAGAAACGUUCAUUUUCCUUGACCGAUCCAAAUCUAAGAAUCCAUCAAGGCCAAGAGGAAGCAAUAGAGACAAGUAGCAAAGAGCACUCCCUAGGAGGAAGUGGUCAGUUGUUCGGCACAAUAAAUCAAACUCAAACAGAUCUGGAUUCAAGUGCUCAUCCCGUUCAAGAGCUCGCCGCCUCAUUGACUGAAUCAGCCCAAACCAUCAGCUCUGCAAAGGAGCAGGAAAACGCCUCUGAAAUACGAAAAAGAUCCAUCACCGGUCAGGAGACCGGUGGACAAACAGAAGACUGCAAUCGAUCGGCCCACCCAUUUCACAAACACCCCACUUUCCCCUCCGAGAAAUUAAAAGAGUCUGACAAUCUCGUCCACUGGAGUCUUCACGUGCUCCGUCACAUCACCCGACUUCUGCUGUGCACCCUUUUAGUCGCCAGCUUCUUCACCAUCCUCUUCCUCUACGAUUUCCCGGCAUUCAUUGCGCUCUAUGUGUUUUCGGGGUGCUGGUGGUUUUACAAGUGGAGGAGACAUCGGGUCCCGAUGCAUCAGGGGGUGGGGAGAAAGUUUGCGGAGAAAAGAGAAGGCGUUGAAGAGUGCGGUGCGUAGCAUUGAAACUGUAAUGGCUUCUUCAUAUAUUUUCAUACUGUACAUUCAGACGGGUGAGAACAUUGUUGAUCUGUGACCCCUGAAAGAAAAGCAUUGUACACUUGUGACACCCAUUGUGUUUGUGUAUCUGUUAUAACCAGUUCAAGCUGGAAGAGGCUUGUUUUAGUUUUCUUGCUUUUCUUCUUUUCUUUUCUCUUCUUUGUUCUGUUUAAUUUUAUUAAUAAAGUAAGACAAAUACAUUACAUCACAGACGUACAAUUCUACAGUGGGGCAAGCAUUACUUUGAACUGAGACUAUGGUGCAUGAGCGCAAAAGAUGUUAGAAAGAACGGGAAUUAAUCACCACGUGUGGAGAGGGCACCUUCGCCCCUUUUCAGACAUGACCUGUGGGUAAAGUAGAGAAUUGGAGUUCACCCAGUGUUUUCCCUUCACACAUGCACAACAGAACAGGAGGAUUUAUGCACAGACGCGUUCACAACACCAUCAAAUCCUCCACAUUAUUCAGGAGAGUGACGCAGCAGACAGAGGGAGGAAGUGACGUAUUAACUCCGCUGCAGAGAUCACAUGAUUUUCUUCACAACACACAGACACCUCUGUCAGCUCUUAUCAACACAAACUAUCUGUGUCUUCAACGUGUGUGUGUCACCGCUUUUUCACCGAGAGAUGAUUGUUUUGCUUUUGUUUGUUUUUUUCAUUUUUGUGUCUGUCACGUGUUGGAUGGGUCAUAAUUUUCUCAUGAACUCUCCUGACUUGCGACGGACUUUAUACUAGGAGGCCAGGCGCAGAAAGACCUCAGAUAAUCCCGAGCCUCUCACUCAGACUUUUACCGUUCACAAGUGCACCUCCUCCGGGGGAGAAUAUGGAGGAUCUGCAGAGUUCGGCGCAUGUCUGAAAGCAGCUCUUGAUAGAAAGAGGACAGAUGGUGCAACACUGGGGAGACGGGAGGUGUUUCUUUGUUUUUUGUUUCUUCCACCCUAGCAGACACAUAAUAGACACUGGCUGACCUGCCACUACAAACAUAUGGCGUUAUCAAACUAUUAAAGAAGUAAAAGAAUAAACUAAUGGGUGAGUGUAUGCUCUUUUCUUAUCCUCCUUUGCCCUAUACACACACACACUAUGUAGAUGCACACAAGCACGAAUACGCAAUACACACACACCAGUCAGUGCAGAUCAAAGUAACAACAUUACGACACAUGAAAAAAACACAACUAGACACAAUAUGUAAGUAAUAAUAUAAAAUACAUGCCACGAUAAAAAUAUAAAGUAGAUGUGAUUUAAAAGGUCAGGGUUGAUUUUGGAUUAAAUUAUGGAUUUUAAUUUAUGAUAGUGGAGGAAACUGGUCUCUGUCAAUGAUGUGCUUCUGGAUCCGUCUAAGUUCAGUGAUAAUAUGAAUCGGUUGUUUUGGAGAUGAGUGAAAACAGAUGGUUGUGUAUCUACAUGGUGGAGAUUUAGUGAUUCUAUUGGUUUUCCAGCCGGACGUCAGCUGAUGAGAUUCUGUCUGAGGAGGUUUUACAAGGACGUUGCUCUACUUGUAGCCCUGGGUUUUUUAAGCUGUGCUUUUGGGUCCAUUUGAAUUCAUGUUGUAGUUUAUUUACCAAAAAAAGUAGUGAAGAAAGUUUGGUGCUUCUCUGCCACCUUGAGAUUUUUCUGAGAUUCUGGGUUUUUUGUUUUCCAGUAAAAUGGAUCGGGUGCUUUAAACCAGUUGUUGGUGGGAAGCAACAAAAACGUCUUUUAUUUUAUUCUUUUAGUUCAGGGUUGUAAUCGAGGGUGAAGAGCUCUGAACGCUGUUGGAAAUAAAUGAAUGCCUGAUAUUUUAUUUUGCCGACGUGAAGUAUUUUCCAACGGCAGAACUGGACUUGACUUGUUCCAGUUUGUUGUAUCUUCCGAGAGGUUUUGUUUUCUUGGUCCUUUCAACACAUUAAAGCAUAAUAUGACAAAUAAACAUAAUUUUUCAGCAGAAAUAUAUAUUUUUGUCACUUAAUUCCUCACCUCUCACGUCCUUUGGCCCUUUUACAUUAGUCUGUGACCUCUUGUUCCAAAGAGUGGUUUGUUUUUUUUCUUCAUCAAACUAAUUGCAAAGUUGUAUUUAAUCAAUUAAACAUUAAAACUGAAAUACAACUUGACGAUUUUUCUUGUUUUAGUUUAUAUGAAAAUGCACUUGUCUUAGUUAAUGCAGAUUUUCAGUAUGUGUAUGAUGUGUGUAUCUUUGAUGCUUUUAUGGGCCCAAUAUUACCUGACCAUGUAUGUAAUAAAACAAAGUGACUUAGCUUGAUUUUCUUCAAUAAAAGAGAUGCAUAUGA